AUGGUUUAUAUCGACGAUAGUGGAAGUAGAUUCGGAUCCGUAAUAUUCCUUUAUCUCGGCUGCGCCUCUGUCGUGUUCCUUUUUUCGUCCUUUAUAUUCGCCAAUCUCGAUUUAUCUUGGAUCUCGGAAGUGGAGAAUUAUAAUAAAACGAGUGAAAAGAGAUUGCUCUUAGCAGCCUACUGCGUCUUCGGGAACUAUACGUCCUUCACUUAUGGUUUAAUUGAAGUUCUGCAGGCGCUGCAGAUCCUCGUCAACUGUAUCUCGCAAUGCGGGAACGACGGAUUCUUCUUCGAUCUUACGAUGCAUGUGUGCGGACAAUUCGAAGUUCUCAGGAUGGACUUCGCUGAAAUGAGCGACGAAUAUUUUUCCCGCGACAAAUUCGUCAUCCUGAUAAAGAGACAUCAUCGCCUCAUAUAUUUGGCGCAUCAUCUGCACAAAGCAUUCAAUCUCGUCAUCUUUUCGCAACUUUUAAUGAGCGUCAUGCUCUUAUGUAUUGAAGGUUUUCAAUUGAUUCUUACACUUUCGAUACAUGAUACAUUCGCCCCUAUGAAACAUGUUCUCUUUAUCGUCGUGUUGUUGGUGCAACUUUUUCUCUACUGCUUCGCCGGACAAACGUUGGAGUUGCAAUCGCAAGGACUCGCCUACGCCGUUUACGACUCAUCAUGGUACAACUUUGACUUGAGCGUGAUGAAGGAUUUGCCACUGAUCAAACUAUCCAACCAAUAUGAAGACAAAUUGGAACAGUGGUAUGGAAUAUGGUUUCUCGUUUAUAAGGAUAAUAAUGUGGAUACUCGGUAUAUGGCCUUUACAGAAGGACGACUUGGUUUGCACAUUUCGUUGGUUUAUGGUAUUGAUAGUACAGCAGAUAGUUUCUUCUUUGCUCUUACUAUGCACCUCUGCGGUCAACUAGAGCUUUUAAGAAUUCGCAUCAAUGAACUUGGAAAACAAAUGAAUGAAAAGAAUCAUUAUCGAUAUAACUUGAGAUCUUGGAUCAAAAGACAUUAUGAACUAAUAGCACUGGCUAAAAAUAUUGAAGAUUCCUUCAACAUCAAUCUUUUGAUUCGUAUACUAAUAAUUACUUUCACAAUUGCGAUAUCAGGAAUGCGUAGUCUAGUGUCUAUGAAACAUCAGAAUUAUACUGAUGUAGCAAAAAGUAUGAUGUUUAUCCAGUAUUAUAUUAUACAAUCUUUCUUGUUUACACACGCCGGCGAUGCUUUGCAGAAUCAAAGCGAAUCGAUCGUUUUGGCGAUAUAUAAUAUAACGUGGCACGAAUUACCGUACACCACAGUGAAGGAUUUGAUACUUAUUAUGAUGCGAACAAAGAUUCCUCUUCAGCUCACAGCUGGGAAAUUCUUUUAUAUAACAAGGAGAACUACGACAGACAUCCUUAAAACUGCCUUAACAUACAUAUCGUUCUUACAGGUGACAAUGGAAGAAUAA